CCGCUUGGGGGUGGGUCGAAGUGCGGCGCCGACGCCCGCAGCUUGGAGGCGGCUACCGCCGCAAUAACGGAAGAGCGGCAGAGCCUUGGCGACGCGGGACUAAGCUCAGAGAUUCUAGUGCCCUGUUCCCCGAGCGAGGUGGGCGGGAAGCUAGGGAUUAUGGCCAGAGCCGGCAUGGAGCGGUGGCGCGGCCGGCUGGCCCUGGUGACCGGAGCCUCUGGGGGCAUCGGAGCAGCGGUAGCCCGGGCCUUGGUCCAGCAGGGAUUGAAGGUGGUGGGUUGUGCCCGCACCGUGGGCAACAUUGAGGAGCUGGCUGCUGAAUGUAAGAGUGCAGGCUACCCCGGGACUUUGAUCCCCUACAGAUGUGACCUGUCAAAUGAGGAGGACAUCCUCUCCAUGUUCUCAGCUGUGCGCUCUCAGCAUGGUGGUGUGGACAUCUGCAUCAACAAUGCUGGCCUGGCCCGGCCUGACACCCUGCUCUCAGGCAGCACCAGCGGUUGGAAGAACAUGUUCAACGUAAACGUGCUGGCUCUCAGCAUCUGUACACGGGAAGCCUACCAGUCCAUGAAGGAGCGGAAUGUGGAUGACGGGCACAUCAUUAACAUCAACAGCAUGUCUGGUCACCGAGUCCCACCCAACUCUGCGACCCAUUUCUAUAGUGCAACCAAAUACACCGUCACUGCGCUGACUGAGGGAUUGAGACAAGAGCUUCGGGAGGCCCAGACCCACAUUCGAGCCACGUGCAUUUCUCCAGGUGUGGUGGAGACCCAGUUUGCCUUCAGACUCCAUGACAAGGACCCUGAAAAAGCAGCUGCUACCUAUGAAGUCAUGAAGUGUCUCAAACCUGAGGAUGUGGCUGAGGCUGUCAUCUAUGUCCUCAGCAGCCCCCCACAUGUCCAGGUGAGUUUGGCUUUGACUGUCCACCCCCUGGAAGAGCCCAACCAUCCCCACAGGAGGGGAGCAGGGAGGCUUUAAGGGGUGGGGAGUGUCCUGGCUGCCUCAAGCCUUGUGCCUUCCACAGAUUGGAGACAUCCAGAUGAGGCCCACAGAGCAGGUGGUCUAGUGUCCUGUGGGAGCUCUUCCUUCCCUCCCUACUCCUGAUGGCUUGGCUCCUGCCUCUGGAUUUUAGGUGUUGAUUUCUGUCUCUACCCCAAGGGCUAGAAAUUUUGUUUGAAGUUUUAAUAUCUUGUCAAAUCAUUUCCACUGCAAAUGUGAAAAAUGGGCUGGGGAGAGGAGGUGGGGGCCCUCAUUGCUUUUCCUGUUAACACGCUGUGAGUUUCCUCCUUGGUCUCUUUCACCUUUGCUCUCCUCAGGCUUCCCUUUCAACUGGCAAAGGGGAUAUGGCCAAAAGGGGGGCUCCCCCAUCUUCUUGCAUCCCAAUCUCUGCCCUUCAAGGUUGGAGUGGCAGAGAGAGGCCCUCACCUUACAUCUGAAUGGUUACCCAGGGCUCCAGCUUUCCUUCUCUCCCUGCCCCACUGCUUCCCCUUCCCUUCCCCUUUCCAGCUCUCCAGCCCAAUCUAGGUUUCUGUGCUUCGAGUGGGACCAUCCCUCCACUCUGACUAUAAGAGCAGAAUCCCAGGGCCUGGCUCCCAGUAGAUUUCACUGUGAUAAUUAAAAAAGGAAAAUCACAACCAACCUGAA